AAAAAGAUUAUAAGGACACAACCCAUCUAUGCUAUUACUUCCAAACAUAAAGUCAGGAUUACAUUUUUCAAUUCCCGCAGUUGUAGUAACAUAUAUUCAAAAUCCAAAAUGAUCAGUAUUUGUCAUACCUUUUGCUAUAAAACCACUAUAAUAUGGUAGAGCUGGAAGUAACAGUCUAGUUUGUAGAUUGCAAAAUACUGCCACAUACUGAAGACACACAACACCCAUGAGAUUUGAUCACUCUGUCAGCGGCGCCUCUGUUAUUGUUUGGAAACUCUUGACAAGUGCAAUGUGCAAUCUGACAUGUCUGGACCUCCAGCGCCAAUGUGCCAACUCAUCAAACUUUCAUACUGCGGAUAGCACUCUGCUGUCUACUGCCGCUGUCCACUGAUAGUGUUUUUAUUAGUGUAUUGUGGUUCAGUAUUGAAAAUACAGCGUUCCUGCACAAAAAGGUGGGAUUUCACCUGUCGGUUAGUAAGCUUAGUUUUUAAUAUGAAAGCUUUGUCUUGUACAUUUUGUGUUGUUAAGAUGAGGUUUACAUUUAAAAAUAAUGACUUUAAACAGGCCAAUGUUCCUUCCAUGACUUGUACGUUUUCAGUGAAUUUCAUUUAGUUUUCAUCAUGUUAAUUUGUGUGCUGUCCUCAUGGCAUCCUUCAGGAAAAAAAUUCCUAAAUAUUUUGAUGUUUGUCUGAUGCAUUUUGUCAGUAUUUAUUACCAUUAGAUUUAUUUGGAUUAUGAUGUUUCUUGAAGAAAAUACCAAAUACAAAAACAGGAGGAAAUAAAGACAUUAUGAAAGAUGUUAUUUUUAUAGCACGAGGUGCGCAUUUUAACUCUGCAUAUUAAAACCACGGCAACAUCACAUUUGAUGUUUCUAUUUUCAUCUAAGUUUGAUUUGAUUAUUUUAUUUUAAUUAUUGCAAAGCACUGCAAUGGUAUAAUAUUUGCUGAGUAAUCCUAUUUUUAAAAUCCACUUGUGAACAACAUAAUUGCCUGUUUGGAAGAACUUUUUUUUUCUGACUUUCAUGAACCACAAGAAGUCAAAUUUCAAGGAUAUCGGCUGUUAUUGUGAAGAAAAAUUAAAGGUGUCAUGACAAUACUGCUAAAUCACAGUCAAAAUCUUUAACACAAUUUUGCAAUUUUAUUUCUGCUCGUAUGUUUUUGAACGAUUAUGUUUUUCAUAAUCAUACAGCAGUGAAGACAGAAACCACAGGUUGCUGAUGUUCUUACAUUUUACAAACCACUGAUCUGUUUUGGUGAAUUCAAGCUAUUUUCAGGUUACAAUUGAGGAAAAAUCUUGGCAAGAAACCGUUUGAAUGACUUGUUUUCUGCCUCCUCGUUGGGUCAGCGGUUGGUUCCACUCCAGUGCAGGUCGUCCCACAGGAAAACGGGCGAUGACAGGCCAGUUAAGUAGCUCACCGCUGAAUGACUAAAGGAGGGACAGAAAAGUGCUACCAGCUUUUAGCCAGCAGAGGAAAAAGCUAAAGAAUCAAGUCACUAUGUCAGGAGUCAGCAGUGAUCAAUUGCACAAAUCAACUUUGAGUGUCUACUCUAGCCUGAUGGAGCAUUUCAACCCGGGUCUUCAGAAGCUUGUUGCUCUUGGAAACAGCUAUGUUAAAGCUUUUCAAGCCUUAGCCGGUUGCAGCGAAGCUUACUUCAGCGCUCUGGCUAAGAUGGGUGACCAGGCACUGCAUACGCUUUCCUCUCAUUCUCUUGGCGACGUCCUGGUCCAGAUAUCAGAAACGCAGCGAAGGCUCACUGCAGAGAUGGAAGGGUUGUUUCAGUGGUUCCAGAUAGAGGUGCUGCAAGCGAUGGAGAAGAACGUCAAACUGGACGAGGAGUACAUGGAAGGCAGCCGCAGAGUGUAUGAGAUGGAGGUGAGAAACCAGGCAGAAGCUCUGGAAAAACAGCUUAGAAGAGGAACCUUCAGAGACUCUCUGGAGAGCAGUGAAUACAUGGUUUACCUGAGGCAGAGCCACCAGGAGAUCCUGAAGGAGGAGGAACGAAGAUACCGCUUUCUGGCGGAGAAGCACUGCGGCCUUACUCAGUCCCUACUGUUUCUCAUAAACAAGACCGGCGGAUCCCUCCAGCAGAAGGCAGAUGGAUGGAAAGAGAAAGUGAACGAGACCAAGGAGUCCAGAUCACGCACUCCAACUCAUGUAGAUCAAGAGGCGCAGCUGCGAGGCUCGGUCAGCUCUCUGCUGCAGACAGUUGCCAGGGACGAGGAUAUGUCCUGGGCCAGGCGGGAGCAGUUGGCACUGGGUAGAGUGCCAUCUAGAGCACCAUCUCCCCUUCCCAGUCGCUCUCGCUCCAGUUCAGUGGGGGAGUCUCUGGGUUUGGGAGGAGGAAGGCCCAUGAGAGCCCUGGUGUCUCACCCCUCCUCAUCCAAUCCGAAGCUUUUGCCUUUUAACAGAGGAGAGACCGUCAUCGUGCUAGUCCAGGAACCACGAAACGGCUGGCUGUACGGACGCGCAGAAAGCAGCCUGCGUCAGGGCUGGUUUCCUGCUGCAUAUGUGGCUCCAGCUGAAGAUUUCUCCAACACUUUAUCGACCAGCAGCGUUUCUCUCAGAAGUCACAGCAUGAACAGUCUUCUGGACACCGACGCUCACACCGAACAGCCAGAGGUCAAGGGUUACGGCGACGUCCCAUCCCCGGCGACCCCCAACCGCAGGGCGUCGGUGGACGUCCGGCCGGUUUCUCCGGCGCCCGACAGGCGGACGGAACCGGCGAUAGAGACAAAACUCCCACCGCCGCCUCCACAGCAGAGCUUGAAUCUCAGAAGAAGCUCUGUGGACGUGCGAUCCGUCUCCCCCGUCCCAGACAGGAAGGGGGACAUGACGGCUGAUGUUCAGGCAUUGUCUCCACAUGGGCAGCCUGAUAACCCAUUGUUUCCAAGGGGCACAAACCCGUUCGCCACCGUGAAGCUUCGCCCCACGACGACCAACGACAGAUCCGCUCCUCGGAUCCACUGAGUGGCCGUCACUCGUGCGAGCGGAGCAGAGGUCUGGUGCUCAAACUCUGACAUUGGGUCAUGAAGGCAGCGUGUGCAUCUUUGCGACGUGGUAGACCUGAACUCUGAUGGACAGAGAAAUGCUUUGCACGGUGUAGAAAAUGCAAAGCGACACCUCGCCAUCUGAAUUAUUUAAACCACAAACCGGAGAAGCUGCUUUAGCAAGUCUCUGUGUAGUAAUUAAGAGUUGAUGUUGUUUUGUUUUUGUCUCAUGUAGGACAGCUGUAAAAGGAACAUUUAGACUCAGUUGUCUAAAAGUAGUUUUUUUUCUCAUUAAAUGGGAGAAUAUUGCUUGCUGUUUUAUUAUUCCUUCUGCCUCAUAGUCAGUCAACAUACUAAAACUAAAAUUUGUAUCAGUUUGUUAAAUCACAUACAACCAAAACCAAAUAAAUUGAAUUCCCCGUCUUCUAAAAGUUUUUAGCUGCUUCCUUUUAUGACAGUUACCUUUUAUGAGCACCAAUAAGUGAAGACACGGUAUCUCAAAUGUUCUUUUAUUAUCAUUUCGUACUGGUGUCUUCUCUCUUCACAGUUCUCCUUACAUACGAUUCUUUUUUUUUUUAACCACAUCAUCUGUUCAGAGUUUGGAAGUGAGGAGGUGGAGGACGGGACGGAGGAGAGAAGAGGAAGGUCAGGGAGGGUGGAGGAGGAAGAGCAGUGGCAAGAAAGUGAUCUGAUGCACAAACAGCCAGAAAUAAAACCAGCGAAGAAGACAGAAUGCGCAAGAAGUUGAGCUUAAAGGAGUCUUGAACAUCUACACCACCUACAGCACUAUCACCACCCGUUUUCAUAUCACAAACUAUCCUCAUUUGCGUAAGUAAUGAUUCCUAAAUCUGUACAGCAUGUUUAGUUAAACAAA